CGGAACCAAGGGCACCAUGUCGUCCGGGGCCAAGGAGGGCGGUGGGGGCUCCCCCGCCUACCACCUCCCCCACCCACACCCACACCCACCCCAGCACGCCCAAUAUGUGGGCCCCUAUCGACUGGAGAAGACGCUGGGCAAGGGACAGACAGGGCUGGUUAAACUCGGGGUCCACUGCAUCACCGGCCAGAAGGUUGCCAUCAAGAUUGUGAACCGGGAGAAGCUGUCGGAGUCAGUGCUGAUGAAGGUGGAACGGGAGAUCGCCAUCCUGAAGCUCAUCGAGCACCCUCAUGUCCUCAAGCUCCACGACGUCUACGAGAACAAGAAAUAUUUGUACCUGGUUCUGGAGCACGUCUCUGGAGGAGAGCUGUUCGACUACCUGGUCAAGAAAGGGAGACUGACACCCAAGGAGGCGCGGAAGUUCUUCCGCCAGAUCGUGUCUGCACUGGAUUUUUGCCAUAGCUACUCCAUCUGCCACAGGGACCUGAAGCCAGAGAACCUGCUGCUGGACGAGAAGAACAACAUCCGCAUCGCGGACUUCGGCAUGGCGUCCCUGCAGGUGGGGGACAGCCUCCUGGAGACCAGCUGCGGGUCCCCCCAUUAUGCAUGUCCGGAGGUGAUCAAGGGGGAGAAGUACGACGGCCGCAGGGCGGACAUGUGGAGCUGUGGCGUCAUCCUGUUCGCACUGCUUGUGGGGGCUCUGCCCUUUGAUGACGAUAACCUCCGCCAGCUUCUGGAGAAGGUGAAACGCGGCGUCUUCCACAUGCCCCACUUCAUUCCUCCAGACUGCCAGAGCCUCCUGAGGGGGAUGAUCGAAGUGGAGCCGGAAAAAAGGCUUAGCCUGGAGCAGAUUCAAAAACAUCCUUGGUAUCUGGGCGGGAAACACGAGCCAGACCCGUGCCUGGAGCCAGCCCCAGGUCGCAGGGUAGCCAUGCGGAGCCUACCUUCCAAUGGAGAGCUGGAUCCCGACGUUCUGGAGAGUAUGGCGUCACUGGGCUGCUUCAGGGACCGCGAGCGGCUGCACCGCGAGCUGCGCAGCGAGGAGGAGAACCAAGAAAAGAUGAUCUAUUACCUGCUGUUGGAUCGGAAAGAGCGAUAUCCCAGUUGUGAGGACCAAGACCUGCCUCCCCGCAACGAUGUUGACCCUCCACGAAAGCGUGUGGACUCCCCAAUGCUGAGCCGGCACGGGAAGCGAAGGCCGGAGCGCAAGUCCAUGGAAGUUCUGAGCAUCACGGAUGCUGGGGGUGGUGGCUCUCCCGUGCCCACCCGACGGGCCUUGGAGAUGGCCCAGCACAGCCAGAGAUCCCGCAGUGUCAGUGGAGCCUCCACGGGUCUGUCCUCCAGCCCUCUAAGCAGCCCAAGGAGUCCGGUCUUCUCCUUCUCGCCGGAGCCUGGGGCUGGAGAUGAGGCCCGCGGCGGGGGCUCGCCAACUUCCAAAACGCAGACGCUGCCUUCCCGGGGCCCCAGAGGCGGAGGCGCCGGGGAGCAGCCCCCGCCCCCCAGUGCCCGCUCCACGCCCCUUCCCGGGCCCCCAGGCUCCCCGCGCUCUUCUGGGGGUACCCCCUUGCACUCACCCCUGCACACACCCCGGGCGAGCCCCACCGGGACCCCGGGGACGACGCCGCCUCCCAGCCCGGGCGGUGGCGUUGGGGGAGCAGCCUGGAGGAGUCGUCUCAAUUCCAUCCGCAACAGCUUCCUGGGCUCCCCUCGCUUCCACCGGCGCAAGAUGCAGGUCCCCACUGCUGAGGAGAUGUCCAGCCUGACCCCAGAGUCCUCUCCAGAGCUGGCAAAACGCUCCUGGUUCGGGAACUUCAUCUCCUUGGACAAAGAAGAACAGAUAUUCCUCGUGCUGAAGGACAAACCUCUCAGCAGCAUCAAAGCGGACAUUGUCCACGCCUUCCUGUCGAUCCCCAGCCUGAGUCACAGUGUGCUGUCCCAGACCAGCUUCAGGGCUGAGUACAAGGCCAGUGGCGGUCCCUCCGUCUUCCAGAAGCCCGUCCGCUUCCAGGUGGACAUCAGCUCCUCUGAGGGUCCAGAGCCCUCCCCCCGCCGGGAUGGCAGCAGUGGCGGUGGCAUCUACUCCGUCACCUUCACUCUCAUCUCCGGUCCCAGCCGACGAUUCAAGCGCGUGGUGGAAACCAUCCAGGCGCAGCUGCUGAGCACUCACGACCAGCCCUCUGUGCAGGCCCUGGCAGACGAGAAGAAUGGGGCCCAGACCCGGCCUGCCGGUGCCCCACCCCGAAGCCUGCAGCCCCCACCCAGCCGCCCAGACCCCGAGCUGAGCGGCUCUCCCCGCCGAGGCCCCCCCAAGGACAAGAAGCUCCUGGCCACCAACGGGACCCCUUUGCCCUGACCCCAGGGGGCCGGGGAAGGAGGGGAGCCCCCUCCACCCCCCUUCCCUGCCCCCCAACUGUGAAUCUGUAAAUAAGGCCCAAGGAGUAUGUUGGGAGGGGGGACACAAGACCGGCCUUGCCCUGUAGGGAUGGGGCUCCAG